CUUUCUCAAUUGAUUCAGGGGAUUCAAACAUUCUCUUUCUUCUCUCUCUCUCUCUACACUUCACGUUUCCCUUUCAAUCUUCUUCAUCUUCGUCUUUAAUCUCCACUUUUCUCUGUAAUUCCGCCAUUAAAAUUUGCAGCUUCUUUUCGCUCUCGCCGCUCCAACUCGAUACUCAUUUCUUGCCACUCUUCUCCCGACAGAUUCGCCCACACUGAUGAUGACUCCCAUCGGGAUUAUUUUGAAGCUUCGUUUCUCGUCACAGAGACUAUCAAUCACUAUCGAAUGUGGAAGAAGAGGUUUCAAGAGGAUGCGAGUUUCAAUCAGAGAGAAUCGCGUGUCAAUUCCCAUUCACUUGGAUUGGGGUUUUUUAGACGUUUUCGAAGCCCUACUGUGUUUCUCAAGAUUUCUUGCAAUGGUGACUUUCUACUGCCAAUUGUCGUGGGGGAAUAUGCUAUUGAGAAACUUAUAGAUUGUCAGCUUGGGAUUGAAAAUGGGGAUGCUCCUGAUCUCUUCCAGUUUAUACAAGACCUCAUUGUGAAAGUUGGCUAUCAAGUCACCACAGCGAGAAUUACUGAACGAGUGAUGAACACUUACUUCGCCCGGCUCUUCUUGAAAAAGGAUGGGGAAAAUGAAACGUUAAGUGUGGAUGCACGUCCCUCAGACGCCCUAAACGUUGCAUAUCGAUGUAAGAUACCUGUACUUGUUAGUAAGCAGAUUGUCUAUGAGGAUGCCAUUAGAGUUAAUUAUGGGUUUGGAAGAGUGCGUGAGAGGAAAUCAUGUUACGACGUUCUACUCGACAGUGCUGCUGAUGGUCCGGAUUUCUUGUCCGAGGAACUCGAUAUGCUGAAGAAUAUGAAAAUGGCUAUUUACGAAGAACGGUACAAAGAUGCAGCCUUGUGGAGGGAUAAAUUAACAAAGCUUCGCAAGUCCGAACACGAGGAGUAACUCUGUGUAAUCGACUGCUCUAGGAGGUAUUGUCGUGUACACGACAACAUGUGUCUUCGUUUUUCUGAUACUGCACCCUAAACAGGGCGACACGUUUCGGUCUCUUGGAACAUACAAUUCAGCAUUGGAUGAAUUGGCAACGCUGAGCAAAGCGAUGCGCAUCCGUGCAGAAAAAUUUCGAUAGUUAUGGUCGUCGGGCUGUACAGUUACAGUUGAGAGAGUAUGUAAAUAUUACAUUUGGGUAGCUAAUGUGUUGUAUCUCUUGAUAUGAAUGAGGUGGAAAUGGCUGAUAUUCUUUUUACAUAGCGAGCUGUAAGUUUGUAAGGUUGCAGAGAAUGCUAAUGUGAAAAGGAUCCUUUUGUAUGUCCUAACAAAGUCUCAUUCCUUU